CUCACCCACCCAACGCUGAAUAGGAAAACAAACAAAAAAUCGAACAAUGUUAGAUUUCAUCGUCUCACCAACCCCACUUCCCACUGCCCUUCAAAACCCAAAACCGGAGCGGCCCAUUUGUUGCAAAACCAGAAAGAAUUGCCUUCCAGCUUCAGAGCUUUUGAACGCAGAUCACAAGCAGUGGCAAUGGGCGGUGGCGGGGGCACGGUAUACACUUUGGCUGAGGUUGCCUCCCACGACAGUCGCAACGACUGCUGGCUGAUCAUUGAGAACAAGGUCUAUGAUGUAACAAAAUUCCUAGAAGACCAUCCUGGUGGUGAUGAAGUCUUGUUGUCAGCCAUCGGUAAGGAUGCAACAAAUGAUUUUGACGAUGUUGGGCACAGUAGCGCUGCUAGAGCAAUGAUGGAUGAGUUUUACGUAGGUGAUAUCGAUAGCUCGACUAUUCCCGCAAAAAGAAAGUACACUCCUCCAAAGCAGCCCCUAUACAACCAAGACAAGACACCAGAAUUCAUUAUCAAGGUCCUCCAGUUUCUAGCUCCCAUGGUAAUCUUGGGUUUGGCUUUUGGCGUCCACCUUUAUACCAAAACGACUUAAACAUUGAAACUGUAUCUCCUUUUUCGAAACAUUGGUACAAUACGUUCCAACGAGCGUACUUUGUUUGAAACUUGUAAUAUGAUGACAUUGAAGAAUGUUUCAACUUCCUCUGUUACCAUCUUCUGCUCGUCUUUCUGUGUCAAAGACUGGAACUUAUUUUAUUUUGUUUACUGUUUGCUUCCGAAGGUUUCUUGAGAGAGAUACCAUUUCUCA